AUGCCUUACGUAGCACCUAAAACGUCAAAAAAUACAACAUUACCUCUAACUGUAAAACAAUCUAAUCCUAUUAUUAAGGAUGCACGACCUCUCGAGCAUUCCUUUACAUCUUUGAAAACCGUAAUUAACGUAAAUAAACAAAAUAAAUCUCAAAUAACAUCGAUACGUGAAACCACAAUUACUUGUACUUCAUUACAACAAGGCAAUUUAUCACAUGCCAGAAACCGAUUGCUUAGAAAACAAAAUGGUGAAAUCGUCAAAUCAUCUUUUAAAAAAGAUGAAAUAAAAUCUAAUUCUCCAAAACAUGUACGUUUUAGUGACGAUUUUAAACAAAUUGAUUAA